AUGCCGAGCCAAUCCCGGGGGCGGCACGUCGCCUCGCCGUCCGCCGCCCCCUCCCGCGCGGGCGGGCGCGCGGACGCGCAGUGGGACGCGCACUGGGACCCGCCGGCGUUCCGCCGCUGGCUGGUGGGCUUCGCGGCGGUGCGCUUCGACCUGGAGCAGGGCCAGCUGGUGGAGGCGCUGUUCCCCGCGGGCGCGCUGAGCGCGGAGGAGGAGGCGGACGUGGCGUUCUCGUCGUUCCCCGACUCCAUGUCCGCCGUGCACUCGCGCGCCUCGCUCUACGACUGCCUCUUCUUCUUCCGCAUCCGCCGCCGCGGCGUUCCGCCUGCCCUCGCCGCCACGAGCGCCGGAGGCGCCGGCGGGGUUGAUAACGGCGCGGGUGGCAGCGGCGACGGCGCGGCGGAGGGGGCUGGGCGGAGUGCGCUCGCCGCGCAAUCUCCGCUGCUGCAGCGGCAGCACGCGCACGCUAGUGUCGGCCGGGGGGCAGCAGGGGGAGCAGCCGCGCGGGCGACCAGUCGGGCGGAGCGGUCCGCCGCGUCCUCGCGGAGGCAGUCCGCCAGCCCGCCGCGGUGGGACCCGGGAACCAAUCGCGCGACGACACCUGGCACGACGCCGCGGCGAGGCAUCAGCGUGGGGUACGGCGGGGGCCCGGGGGGGGCGAUGGCGGAGAGCAUCAGCGCGCCCGCCUCGUCGCUCACCAGCCCCACGGGGCUCGCCGCCGCCGCCUCCCCCUUCGCGCGCCUCGACAGAUGCGCCACUGAGCCGCUCGCGGGCGGCGAGGCGGGGGACGAGGCGGAGGUGCAGUGGCGCGCGCAGGCGCAGGCCGGCGCGCUGAGACACUCCGCCAGCGCGCGGGGGAGCGCGGGGGAACGAGAGGAGGAAGCGGCGGUGGGCAGAUCCGCGUCCAUGGGGGCGGGGAGGCGCGCCAUGCCCGCGCACAGCCAAGACGACGACGACAGAGGGGGGCACGGGGGGUCCGGGGGGGCAGCAGCAGCAGGGGGCGCGGGGAGGGGCGGGGCGCGGUACGUGUACGGGUUUGUGUUCAACCGGCAGCGGCACGACGCGCGGCUGCCGCGGGGCGGCGAGCAGAAGUCGGUGGUGGUGCUCUCCGAGCGCCCCUUCUCCGCCGCCUUCCGCCGCCUCGCCCAGGUCGUCGGCCCGCUCUACUUCGACCGCGGCCCAAUCGCCUUCGUCCAGGUGGCCGCCUGGGUCUCGCUCUGGCCCGCGCCCUACCAGCCCAGCGUGGCGGGCGGUGGGGGCGUGGGCGGGGCGGCGGGGGCGGGCGGCGUGAUGGAGCUGGCGGUGGGGCCGCGCACGUCCCUGCGCGUGCAGCUGCCGCCCGCCCACACGCUGCCGCCCGCCUCGCACUCCGCGCUGGACGACUUCACGGCCGCCAUGGCGCCCGCCCCCCUCUCCACCUCCGCGCCCCAGGCACAGCACCACGGGCAGCACAGCAUAGCCCGCAUCCCCCCCCACACACACCACUUCACUUCACCUCCCCGUACUCGUCACCGCACACCCUCCACUCACCAUCCUCCUCACCCCGCUGUUCAUCCACCCUCCUUACCCCCCCAUGGCCCCCCUCGUCUGCAUGACAUAUUCCACCAUCCCUCACCCUCCACACUGCCCUCUUGCUCCCCCCUCCUCCCACUCUUCUUUCUCCCGCUCCUGGACCCACGCCCCCAUUCACCUUCCCCACUACCACCCACCAUCGCCCCUCCAUUCCACGUUAUUUACCUACCACCCAAGUCCCCUGUUGCACCGGCCCCCUCCCCCCUCCCCCAGGGCAUAUUCCACGACGCGGACGUGUUUGGCGUGCUGAGGGGCGUGGCGGCGCAGCUGUGGGUGCUGUGGGAGCUGCUGCUCUUAGGCGAGCCGCUGCUGGUGAUCGCCCCCACGCCCGCGCAGUGCUCCGAGGCCGUGGCGGCCCUCGUGGGGCUCAUCGCCCCCCUGCCGUGCUCGGUGGACUUCCGCCCCUACUUCACCAUCCACGACCCCGACUUCCCCGCGCUCAACGCGCUCAGGGACGGCGACCCGCUGCCCGCCGUGCUGCUGGGCGUCACCAACCUCUUCUUCCUCAAAGCGUUGAAGCACCUGCCGCAUGUGCUGUCGGUGGGCCGCCCUCCGCACGGCGGGCAGGGCGUGGCGGGGGCGGCGCGGUACGGCGUGGGGGCGGGCGGCAGCUUGCAGCCCAACGGGCAGGUGGCGCUGAGGGACAGCGCGGGGCGCCUGCCACACCAGCACCAGUCGCCGCUGCGACGCCUCGCCACUGGCGGGCUGCUCAGCAUGCUGGCGGCGGGCAGCAAGGGGUUGGCGCGGAUGAGGGGGGAGGGGCCGCUGUCGCUGAUGGGGGAGCACAGGGAGGCGCUGUGGACCAACCACGUGCCGGCAGUCAAGCCCGACACCGCCGUGCUCAACCGCCUUCUCGACGCCUCCACCACUCUGCACCCCUCCGCAUCCUCCCGCUCCCACCGUAGCGGCUCCGCUGUCACGAACGCUGCUGCCUCGGCUGCCCCCGCUGACGCCACCUCGCUCGCCUCUUCUGCCGCCGCUGCUGCUGCAGGGGCGGCAGCAGGAGGGGGAGCGGGCGGCCGCCCUGCAUCGGCGUCCGCCCCGCCCUCCACGGCGUCGUCUCUCUUCAGCCUGCCCGGCGCCGUGGCCGGCUCGCUGCUGGCGGGCGUCACCGGCAUGCCCGCGCUGGACGAUGCUGCAGACGGCGGCUCGGGGGGCGCAGCAGGGGGAGUGGGGGGGCGGGGGGCAGCGGGGGUGAGUGGGGAGACGGUGGCGAUGGUGAACAACGAGGCGUGGAGGCGGGCGGGCGAGUCCCCAGCAGUUAGUAAGCUGAGGGGCGACCUGCGAGUGCUGUGGGCGCACAUGCCGCCCGCCUCGCAGCGCCUGCUGCUCCUCUCCCCCGCCCACGCCGCCUCCCUCCACCUGCCGCCCUCCGCCGCCCCCCAUGAUGCCGCGCGGGGCUCGUUGGCGGUGUCUGGGAGUGGUGAGUCGGGAGAGGGCCGGUGGGGGCAGCGGGCGAGUGAGGGCGCGGGGACUGGCAGGGAGGGGGCGAGUGGAGGGGGGGCGGCACAAGGAGCAGCGGCAGCGGCAGGGGGGAGGGGAGGGGGGUGGGCUGGUUGGCUGUUUGGGAGGAGGAACGUGGAGAGCACGGGGAGUGGGAGCGGUGCGGGGGAGAGGCAGGUGACAGCAAGCAGUGAUGCGAGGGGGGGAGAGGAGGCAGCAGAGGCAGGGCGGGGAGGGCCAGCCGAGACACCUGGGGCUGCUGUGCCUGGUUCUGCUUCUGCUGGCGUGGACCAGGGCGUCGCCUCAGGUGAUCUUUCAGGUGAUUCUUCCGGGGUUGUGGGCAGCAGUGGGGAGCAGAGCGGGACAGUGGAGAUGGUGGAGGCAGCGCAGCACCUCUCAGCGCUCGUGGCCAAUCUCAGCCUGCCACCUGUCAUCGCCCUCAACGGCGAGUCACACCCCUCGUCCAACCCUGGCAAGGCCUGGUCUGAAGCGUCCAGCCCUCCCCGAGGCUCCUCUGCAGGCUUGGGCCGAACCUCAAGCGGUGCUUCUCCACGAACAGCGGGGAUAGGGUGGGGCACAGACAUGUGGGACGGCAGCAGCGGCAGCUUAACCAGCAGCAGCGCGCGCAGCAGCACGCCGGCCCACCGUGCCACCACCACCCCCAGCAGCAGCGCCAUGGGCAGCAGCACAGGGCACGUGGCGAGUGCGCGCUUCGCGGUGUCCCCCGUGGUGCCGUUUGGCCGCCGCCCCGGCCUCUCCGUGGGGCGCACACCGCCACGCCUGUCGUCCUCCGCGCCCGGCACGCCCCUCCACCCCGCCCCAGGAGGGGCCUUCCUGCACGCGCGCCCCACCCCUGCUCAGGCCACCGCCCCGCACCAAGGGGCGAGGCACACGGCCGGGGGAGAUGCACGGGGGCUCAGCGGCGAGCGGUUGAGUGCGUGUGCGAGUGCGAGGGAGGAGGUGGGGGGCGGAGGCAUGGGGGAGAUGGAGGGCGGGGGGGAGGGCGGGGGGGUGAGGGUGGCACGCACGGCCACAGAGCCCGUGCUGCCCUCGUCCUUCCAUUCCCUCGCUUGA